AUGUUCUUGAACGCAGCCUCUCCCCGGAGAUCGUUCAGCAUCCCAAUUAACAUCAACCUGCAGGGUGCACGCAGGCGGCAGACUCGGGAGCUCCUCCACAAAGCGACAGCCCAGGAGCCAGAGCGGAUCCAAGGUGACGAACAUGAUGGUCACGAUGUUCGGACCCCGGUGGCGGUGUCAAGUGUCGGGGAAGACCGAGCCAUCCUUUUGGGCUUCAGCAUGAUGGCCUUCUCUGUGCUCAUGUUCUUUGUGGUCGGCAUCACUAUGGUCAAACCUCACAUUGACAGUAAGUGGGAGGAAGAAGACAGAUGCAUGCUGCUGCACACUGAAAUCCUGAAUGAGUGGGUCGACUGCAGAGGCGUGAGCACCAUACCGUGCCUCACGGUGACCGUUCAACUAGCAGCCUCCAAUCAAAGCGCCUUUCUGCAUUUUGACGAGGAGUCUGUGUUGCUUACGCCCAAGUGUUUCUACGUGCCCAAAUGUCAGAUGGACCAAACAGAACUUGAAGGUGAAGUCCUCAAGGUGAAAAGCAACUUGGACGCUCAGCUGGGAACCACCUCGUCAUGCUUGACGGACCCCACCAGGCACCCCGGGGACGUCAUCUUGAACAGAAAGUACACUCUGAAGAGGACCCUGUUGGCUCUGCUGUGGCCCGGUCUGAUGCUGGGCGGUGGAGCCCUGCUGGUGGGCUUGGUGAAGCUGACACAGUGCCUUGCUCAUCUGUCCUGUGAGAUAUGUAGCAUGGCAGCAGGGGGUAGGCUGACUGCAAAAUACACCCACAGUAAAUUCUAUAAAAUCAUCCACAGGUCCACUGUGUCCUCUGCGAUGUGACUUAUCCUGGAUGAUGCUGUCAGGAAUUAAAACUAUUUAUUGAAGUACAAUGGAAGCUGAACUUCCCCUUUAAAUUUUAUUCAAUAAUUGCUCAAAUGUGCGUUGGUAAACAUAAUAUGGAGACUUUACAUUUUGUGAGUAUACUCAGCACACUGGUCUACAAGCAAAAUGCUUCGGGAACAAAAGUAGUGAUAUUUACUUGAUUUAAGUCACUAAUAAAGUGCAGAUUGGCUAUAGUUUCCAACAUAAAAUCAAAGUCGGACAUUUAGCAAAAUAAGCUAAAAAUGGUAGUACAGUAUGUCUACAAGGAACCGGUUCUGUCUGCACAUUCCUAUACAUUCAUUUCAGUUUGUCUAGAGUUUGCAGAAAUCUCAUGAACGGCAGCAGAAAUUGACUUUUGCAUCCGAGUUUCUUAGAAACUACAAAGAAGAUAAUUAUAAGCAGCUGGUACCAAGUCCUACAAAGCCCUUGACAAGUGCAACUUAAAUUAUUAUUAUUAUUUUUAAGCAUACAUGCCUAAUUUUGAUACAAAAUUUAUGCAAAUAAAUGAAAUUUUGCCACGUUUAUCUCGGAAUUGAGUCCAAACGUUUGU